AUGUCGUCUACACCUACGGUUCAAGUCCAUGCAAUUUACACAGGUCAAUGUUUUCUGCGUAAUCAUAUGCUUUUCAACGAUGGAGACGAAAAUGAAUCAACACCAUGUCCUGUCUGGUCAUUUUAUAUCUAUCAUCCAGUCACACAAACACACAUACUCUUCGAUCUUGGACUUAUGAAAGAACUCGAUGAAUACCCACCAAAAAUAAAAGAAGACUUUCCUCGUGUAUUUAAACCACAAGUUAAAGAAGAUGUUGGUGAUGCACUUAAAAGACAUAACAUUUCAUCAAGUCAAAUUAAAACAAUUAUCUACUCACAUCCACACUUUGAUCAUUGUGGUAAUCCAAGUUUACCACAUUUUCAAAAUGCGACCUGUCUCUUUGGACAAGGUACACAAGCAUAUGCUCGUCCAGCAUAUCCAAUUAAUCAUGAAUCACGUUUUCUUGAAUCUACAUUUCCUGAAGGUCGAACACAAGAACUAACUGAUAAAGAUUAUACUUUGACACUUGGUCCAUUUGAAAAAGUUCACGAUUAUUUUGGUGAUAAAAGUCUCCUAUUAAUUGAUGCACCCGGUCAUAUGCCAGGACAUCAGUUGGCAUUGGCAAAAACCGGUGAAAAUACUUACUUACUCUUAGCUGGUGAUUCGGCACAUAGUACAACUCAUCUGCAAGAAUAUGAAGGUCGAAUGAGUUACUACAUGCACAGUGAUAAAGAUGCGGCAAAGGAAACUUUGAAGAAAAUAGCUGCAAUGGUCAAAUUAUACAAAGAUGAACAUAAAAAUGUUCGAGUAUGUUUAGCACAUGCAGGACACUAUGAAGAUUUUGAAAGAAUUAUUUAA